GUGAACUGAUAGGUCACAAAGAACUAGAUGGGAACCUGCAUGUACUAGCUGCUCCUCAUCUCAGAGCUGAACAGAUGUGUAUUUUGGCAACAUGAACUAAGAAUGCCCAGCUGCAUGAUGCUGAGCUGGAAAAAGAAGAGGGAGAAGAGCUGCAGGUAAUAGCAGUACACUUAGCCUGCAUCAUACUUCUGGCCUGUGUCUAAAGGGGUUGCAAGAGAGGGCAACAGCCUCAAUAGCAAGUUGAUGACCUAGCUGAGUUGUUUGAAAGGCUCUGGUGAAAACAGGAACCAAAGUUUAGGGCCAUAAGUGGAUCCCUUCUGACUACAUAAGUGACCCCACAGUACCUGGUCACUGUCCUUGUAGCCUUAAUGGUGUUGGGAAGCUGUUUGGCUUUGGGACUAGGAGCCUCGCUGUAGAAAGGAGAAUAAGGAGGAGAUAACCAGGAAAUAGCCUUCAGAGACUUGUAAGGGUUAGGUAACGUGCCUGUCAAAUCUAGCAGUAAUUCCAAAAUUCGUCACUGUUACUUUGACACAAAGAAGAAAAUACAUAAUUUCUUAGUUGCCUUCUGAAACAAUCUGUUCAGUUUCUCUCAUUGUAAAAACAACAGUUACCGCAAUGAGGAUGUUUUUGUCCUUUGAAUAUACAUUUGGAAAUGAUUUUUUUCUCCCUCUGUAUUUCUUGCACUACAAAACAGUAUGCAUACUGAGCUAUUUUUGACUGUUAGAGGGAAGUUAGGGUACCCCCUACUGACUAUUUUUGGAAAUAAAUCUGAACUAUAAUUCUACCUCUUCAGAGACAGCAGCAGUUGAACUUAAUCCAAUCUGCAAUUUUAAUAGGUUUUUAAUGGGUUGAAGAAGAGUGUCAUUGUUUGCUGUUUUGUUUUCUUUUCUUUUCCCCCCAGGUAAUUUUGUUCCUGGGAUCAACUGUCUGUGAUAAAACUAUCUUAAAUGUGGGUACUUGGAGCUCUCAGGCUGAGUUCUGUAGGUACCAAUGGAGAUACCUUGAUGUUUUCAUACCUCUUGAUGCCUAGUAACUGAAGCACAAUUUAUACCUUCAAUGGGAUAAAUUUGAUGCAUUUUGCCUGUCUUUUCCUUCUUACUUAGUGGAAUACACGUUUGUGUAUUUAGAUUUAAAUGAGUGAUUGCUUAAUAACAAAUAUGUAUUAAAAUCUUUAUUUUUACAAACCCAGUAUACCAUGAUUUAAGACCUCACUUAAAUUUCAUAUAGUGACAGAUCUUUUGGUUCUUGUAACAUAUAUUUUCUGUUUACAUAUGUGAGCAAGCUUUUCAGUCUGUGCAUACAGAUCUUAAAUUCUUCUCUGCAGAACAUUCUCAAAUUUCAUCUUUCUAUUUCUUUUACUAAUUUGAUGAUAAUUCUACAUGUUUUUCUGCUAAAUCCUCUUAUGUCAGAAAUUGUUCUUGGAGUUAUCCAGAGUCUUCAGUUUCCCCGGAGGUGUGCAAGGCCAUGUUGGAUGGGGCCCUGGGUGGCCUGGUCUAGUAUUAAAUGUGGAGAUUGAUGAUCCUUGAGGUCCCUUCCGACCCAGGCCAUUCUAUGAGUUAUUUGCUCAAUUGUACCAAUAACCCACUUAAAAUUAUCUAGGACUGUCUGAAUUACUGAAUUUGUAAGCAGGUGUGAAAUGUUUAUUUUGUUGAACAACUUGUGUAAAUAAAUAUUUACAUUAGAUUUCUUGCCCUGAAUUUUGGGAUAUAAUGUUAUGAUUGUAUUUUUUCCUAGAAUUCAUUAGCAAAUGAAGUAUCCACUCACUGUUGUAACUAAUCAUACUGUAGUUCCAGCAAAGCAGUAUCUAUUACUAGAGUUAUUAUAUUCACUUUUUCAUUAAUAUAUAUGCUAAUAAAAUAGUCCAGCGGCCUCAUUUUUAACUUUGUCAUUAACAGACUUUGAGCUUAACUGAAUUUAUUUUUGAACUGUAUUUUUGAACUUGACUUUACGCGAUACUUGUUCCUAACUAUUACACACACCUCCAUUUAUUUUGUUAUGUUAUUUGAUAUUUUCAAGCAGUGCUGAAGGCUUAAAUUAGCUUUAAGUUAUUUUGCUUAGUAGUAGUUUAUCUAUCUUAUUGUAGUCGCAUACAUGGUUGUCUCCUUCAUUUCUUUCAUUAACAGUUAAUAUCUGAAGCAAACUUCUUUUAAAAGAUGUGAUCCUUCUUUUUUGUUGUUUACCUUGCUGUUUUUUGUUUUACACAUUUGGCUGCAGAGGUAAGGAUUAAUAUCUCAUGGGACAGAAUGACUAUUUUCAAACAGGAUUCCUAUAUGGAACAGACAGAAAAUGUAAAACAAAUGAUGAGAUUUGUAAAUGUAAAACAAAUUAUGAGACUAUUACACAAAAGCCUUUUUGUUUGUUUUUGUUUGGGUCAUAAUCUUUAGUUUCAAGAAAAUAAUGCAAAAAGUAAACAACAGCAGUAGCUCCUUAGAAGCUAAAUAGGUAGAUUUUUACAGAUAUUAUGGCAAAUAUCUGAUUUGGUUCUGCAAACAGUUACUAAGAUUAAAACUUCUUCCCAAGAGCAAUGAGUUAAGCAUACUUAACAGUUUUCAUGAACAAAGAGUUACACAGAUCUCUUUACUCUGCUCUUGCAGCUGUCGUGUUCUUCCUGUUGUCGUCAUGCCUGUCUUUUUAAUUCUACCCAAGCAACUGUUUUAAAAAAGUAAAAAUUAAAAGGAGUGCUGCAGCCAUUGUUUUGCUUGUUAUUGAUGCAGCUCUAUAAUAUGUUUUGUUUAUAUGUGCUGCUUCCAGCAGCUGGUCUCUUGCAACUGCAGGAUGUGAAAAGGACUUGCUGUGAAUUUUUGGAAUCCCAGCUUCAUCCUGUCAACUGCUUGGGAAUUCGUGCUUUUGCUGACAUGCAUGCAUGCACGGAUCUAUUGAACAAGGCCAACACAUAUGCAGAACAGCACUUUUCUGAUGUCGUGCUUAGUGAAGAAUACCUCAAUCUUGGUGUAGAACAGGUGUGCAGUCUGAUAUCCAGUGACAAACUUACAAUUGCCUCAGAAGAGAAGGUAUUUGAAGCGGUGAUAGCAUGGGUAAACCAUGACAAAGAUGUAAGGCAGGAGCUAAUGGCACGCCUGAUGGAGCAUGUCCGGCUGCCUUUACUUUCCCGGGAGUAUUUAGUUCAGAGAGUUGAAGAGGAAAUAUUGGUUAAGAACAGCAGUGCUUGUAAGGAUUACCUCAUUGAAGCUAUGAAGUAUCACUUGCUGCCAACUGAGCAACGAGCGCUGAUGAAAAGCACUCGAACGAAACUGAGAACGCCUGUUAGCCUUCCAAAAUUGAUGAUGGUAGUUGGAGGACAGGCACCAAAGGCAAUUCGCAGUGUUGAAUGCUAUGAUUUUAAAGAAGAACGCUGGCAUCAGGUGGCUGAGUUGCCUUCCAGAAGAUGUAGAGCAGGAAUGGUGUAUAUGGGAGGCAUGGUUUAUGCUGUUGGUGGUUUCAAUGGUUCAUUAAGAGUUCGCACAGUAGAUUCUUAUGAUCCAGUGAAGGACCAGUGGACAAGUGUUGCUAAUAUGCAAGACAGGAGAAGCACACUGGGAGCAGCUGUAUUAAAUGGACUUCUCUAUGCUGUGGGAGGAUUUGAUGGGAGUACAGGUUUAUCAUCAGUUGAAGUUUACAACUUAAAGACUAAUGAGUGGUUUCAUGUAGCUCCAAUGAACACAAGAAGAAGUAGUGUUGGAGUGGGUGUUGUUGGAGGUAAACUGUAUGCAGUUGGUGGCUAUGAUGGGGCAUCACGUCAGUGCCUUAGUUCAGUCGAAUGCUAUGAUGCCAAUACAAAUGAGUGGAGCUAUGUUGCAGAAAUGAGCACUAGACGGAGUGGAGCAGGUGUUGGUGUGUUAAACAAUUUACUGUAUGCAGUAGGUGGUCAUGAUGGUCCUUUGGUAAGAAAAAGCGUGGAAGUGUUCAAUCCUGUCACCUGUACGUGGAAGCAGGUUGCAGAUAUGAACAUGUGCAGAAGAAACGCAGGCGUUUGUGCUGUAAAUGGUCUCUUGUAUGUAGUUGGAGGAGAUGAUGGUUCCUGUAAUUUAUCAACAGUGGAAUAUUAUAAUCCAACAACUGAUAAAUGGACAGUUGUGUCAUCUUGUAUGAGUACAGGAAGGAGCUAUGCAGGUGUUACAGUUAUUGACAAACCGUUAUGAUCGAUAAUGGGAUUUUCAAUUUGAUUAUGCACUAGAAGCAGUCUUCAACAAGUGUAUUUGAAGUGACUGAGAACCUUAGCACUUCUCUACUUGUAGCUGCACCUUGAGUCACAGUGGAAGAUGUGACUGUCUACAAUUACAGAUGAUGGAUGAUGAAGAUUACUCUAGGUAGAAGCAGUGCGUAGGACUACUCUGCGGUUGAACAGGGGCUGACUGAAUUUUUGAAGUGUAGUAGACCGUUUCUUUUUUUAUUGCAAGAUCUUCAAACACAAAAGCCACUUUCAUAAGGACAGACUUAUGUCAGUUGUGACUGAGAAACAGAUUGUCAGUGGAGAAUGGUGUGUAUGCUGGUGAAAGUAAAUUUGUCUUAUUUUUUUCCAGAGACUAAUAAACAUAUUUAAAGAGAUGAACUGUCAGUCUUCAUAGUAGGUAUCGAAUUCCACCUCAGUAAUUCAAGCUGGCAUGGGGGAAAUUUGUUUCCUUUUAUAAAACUUUUGUUACAUAACUAUAAUAUGUGCAUAUGUAUGUGUGAGCAUAAGUUGCUUUCUAUUGAAAUUCUUCAGAAACCAACUUUAUUAAUUUAUAAUUUGGCACAGUACGUACUAUGUUGUAAAAGAGAGUUGUAUUUUUUGAUAUUUAACGAUACUUAAUGCUACUAAUUCCCACUGAAGGAGAUCAGAGAUGGUAUAAUGAUUCUUGAACAGGUGUAAUUUCGAGGUCUUUUUAAUAAAAAUGUCUGUACUUAAUGGUUUUUUCUGUUCAAUUUUGGUCACAUUUAGAUGUUACUUUUCUUACCUUUUUAUGCGAUAGGUGAUUUGGCAUGAAAAUAACCGAAAAUUUAUAAUGAAUGUGUGAAACUAAGUUGAACUUGCAUGGUACUGAGGUCUCUUAAUGCGUGUAACCUUAGCUUCUGUUAGCUAAUACCUGGAUAUACUGUAUGUGGCCAUGUUCAUAGAGCAGCUCGUUUCUAUUCAUUCCUUGGAUGGCCUCCUUUUAACACGACCAAAGUUAUUGUCAUAUUUGAGAUAUUUUCUUCAAAUAAACAAUUUGUAUAUGGUUUCCUAAUGCCAA